AUGAUCCCCGACUAUGAUACUUAUGUCAAGGCUUUCCACUCGGCCUGCCGUGCGGGUGAUUUACCGAAAGUCCAGGAAACCCUCGGCUGUCGGCGACGCUUGAAGAUUGCGGACCUCAGCGAAGCGCUUGAGAUUGCCACCCACAGGGCGCACGCGGAUAUCGUGGACGCGCUCUUUGCUGCCGGCGCUCGUGUGUCAAAAAUGGCAAUCAAUUGCCUUCCCGGAAAUCCCAAUAUCCAACAAGACCCGAGGAUUAUCCGCCAAUUUCUCGAUCACGGCCUCGACCCCAACGCCAGCUACAGCAACGGCAUUCCUAUCCAGGUAAGAAAUCCAGCAUGUGCUCGCGAGUUGCUCUUGCGAGGUGCCGACCCCAACCGCGCCGACCGGAGAGGGGUGACACCCCUUACGCGCGUCGUUGACAGUGAGCGCGAACCAGAUGCAUCGCGGAUCGAGAUGUUGCUUGCGCACGAGGCGAAGCUGUAUCCAGGCCUUCUCUAUAACGCCGCGGCUCCGCGCGUGCCUCAGGGAGAGUUCAUGACGAGGCUUCUACUCGAAAAGGGCCUGGAUCCAGAUGCUCCUUCAAUCGAUUGGGGGACUCCGCUGCAUCUUGCCAUCUACUCCGGGAAGCCGAACAUCGUCAAAUUGUCACUAGACGCAGGCGCCGAUCCGACCGGAAAAACAGCGCACCCCGAAUACAGUGCUCGAAGCCCGUUGCAGAUAGCUGGAAGCUUACCGUCUUCUGAGCUCCGGCAGGCUAUUCUCGAUCUUCUCCAGUCCCGAGGUAUUGACAUUGAUGAAGACGGUCAUGAAGGCGCUAAGUGA